ACCUUAGCCCAUACCAAAUCUCUGGGAGAGUUUCUGGCUGCCCGUGAGUAACUCCAGGCCCCCCAGCUCUCCAGAGUGGGAUGGUAUCCUGGGAACCACUCAGAGAUCAGCUAAGGAGCUGAAGGAAGUCCGAGAGGCACUUCCGGAGAGGCUAAACAGCCUUCCUAAUAUCUCUCAUAGACCACAGACUUACCACUUGAGACAUCAGAGCUGAAGGCUGAAAUUCCUCAAGGAGUCACCUGGGAGCAAGCUGUGACCAGCCGGGAGUGACACAUCUGUAUUCCAUCCACUCUCUCCCUCUUUGCCCAUCCUUACCCUGUCCUCAUAUGCUCAUAGGCACUUAGGCAGAAGUCAUCUCCUUGGGAUUCUGCCAAAGAUCUGCCUGUUAGGUUUGUAGGAGGAGGAUAAGAAAAGAAAGAAAAGAAAAAGAAACUACAGGCAAAGUUUCAGCUUUGAAGUUGUCACUUUGGAGAAGUGAAGUCGAAAAGCGUGACACAAUGAAUGGACCUGUGGAUGGCUUGUGUGACCAUUCUCUAAGUGAAGAGGGAGCCUUCAUGUUCACAUCAGAAUCUGUAGGAGAGGGGCAUCCAGAUAAGAUCUGUGACCAGAUUAGUGAUGCGGUGCUGGAUGCUCACCUCAAGCAAGACCCCAAUGCCAAGGUGGCCUGUGAGACAGUGUGCAAGACAGGUAUGGUGCUACUGUGUGGGGAGAUCACCUCAGUGGCCAUGGUUGACUACCAGCGGGUGGUGAGAGACACCAUCAAGCACAUUGGCUAUGACGACUCUGCCAAGGGCUUUGACUUCAAGACGUGCAAUGUGCUAGUGGCUCUGGAGCAGCAAUCCCCAGAUAUUGCCCAAUGUGUCCACCUAGACAGAAAUGAAGAAGAUGUUGGUGCAGGAGAUCAGGGUCUGAUGUUCGGCUAUGCUACUGACGAGACGGAGGAAUGCAUGCCCCUUACCAUCGUGCUCGCUCACAAACUCAACAACAGGAUAGCAGACCUGAGGCGCUCCGGUGUCCUUCCCUGGCUGAGACCUGAUUCUAAGACUCAGGUAACAGUUCAGUACAUGCAGGACAAUGGUGCAGUCAUCCCUGUGCGCAUCCACACCAUCGUCAUCUCUGUGCAACACAAUGAAGACAUCACACUGGAGGCCAUGCGAGAGGCCCUGAAGGAGCAGGUGAUCAAAGCUGUGGUGCCAGCCAAGUACCUGGAUGAAGAUACUGUUUACCACCUGCAGCCAAGUGGGCGGUUUGUCAUUGGAGGCCCCCAGGGGGAUGCAGGUGUCACAGGCCGCAAGAUUAUUGUGGACACAUACGGAGGCUGGGGUGCCCAUGGUGGUGGUGCCUUCUCUGGAAAGGACUACACCAAGGUGGACCGCUCAGCAGCUUAUGCUGCCCGCUGGGUGGCCAAGUCCCUGGUAAAGGCUGGGCUCUGCCGGAGAGUGCUUGUUCAGGUGUCCUAUGCCAUUGGUGUGGCAGAACCUCUGUCCAUUUCCAUCUUCACCUAUGGGACCUCCAAGAAGACCGAGCGGGAGCUGCUAGAUGUGGUGAACAAGAAUUUUGACCUCCGUCCCGGUGUUAUUGUCAGGGACUUGGAUCUGAAAAAACCCAUCUACCAGAAGACUGCGUGCUACGGCCAUUUCGGGAGAAGCGAGUUUCCCUGGGAGGUCCCCAAGAAGCUUGUGUUUUAGAGCUGCUGAGAAGUUCAGCUCAGUCCCAUACUCACCUCUUCAGGAUCUCACCUCCCUGGUCUCCUAGCCUCUCCCAGAGUGCCCUCCCUGCCUCCUACCCUCAGGGCGAAGCCAGCUUCUUCUAAUUUUCCCCUGUCCAGCAAUCUGCAAACAUCUUAUGAAUGACAUGACAGGUGGCUUUCUGGUGCUAGGUUAUCAGGUCUCCUUUCGAGGGUAGUCACUGUUCCCUGCCUGUCCCUUAGAUGACAGCAAUGCUAAUUUUGUGUAAAAGUUACUCCUGUCUGGCAGGAAGUCCCUCCCUCACCUCCUUCCACAGUCUGACCCUGAUCAGGCCAUCUCUUCCUCCAUUCUAGAUAUGUGCCCAGAUGAAUAUAUUGCACAGGCCUCUGCCUUCCCCUUCACAUCUGCAGCUACAUAAAAUAUGGCUGAUGUCCCCUGAGCAUUUGCAUUGUGUGAGGGACUGAGCUGUGUGUACUUCAUCACGACACCAUAAGGUGGUAUCUUUAUUAUCCACAGUAACAGAUGGGAAACUGAGGCCAGAGAGUCUAUGAAGCUCUGACAAGUCUCCAUAGCCACAUGUAUCAGAGCCAAGAAAUAGAUCUAGGAGUUCUGACUCUAACCCCUCACAUCUGCAUCCCAGACAAGACGUUGACCAGAGCGAUGACAGGUGGAUUGACUUGAGGCUAUGGCUACUUAUUUAAGACCUGGGUCUCCUGAGAAUUAGGAGAUGAACCUAAUGGCUCGGUGUGAGCCCUGGACAGUGUUCCACAAAAUCAAAAUGGAGACGUAUAAGUGUCUCAUUUGUUCUCGAAGAGGGUUUAGGGAAAGCUAGGUAUUCUGUCCUAUUCAGCUGUGCUGGAGUCUCAAACUAAGGAAGCUUCAUGGUCCUGGCCCCCAACACUGAAAGACAGGUGUGUGAGUUCUCUGGGCAUGGGUUCUAAUCAUAGACAGUCACAUGUGCUUCCCUCUUCAUAGAGGAGAGGCAGCUGGUUGUUCCAGCACAAACAACCAGCCUCUGAAAGGGGACCCUGAUCCCUUCAAGGCUUUCUCCUUCCCUGGUCCCUCAUGCUUAUGCAGGCUAAAUGUUCCAGGUAGAGAGCCAGCCUCCAGGCAGUCGACAAGUUGCCAAGAUUUCAUGAGAACUGGCUUUUACCUGGUAGCCUUUGCAAGACCUGUCUGUCCAUCAGGGUCCUGGGAACCACAUGUUUCUAGGUGUCCCAUCAUGAUCAGCACCACAUACCCAACCUGUCCCUAAUUGGGCCCUUCUCACAGCAUACUGCCUUCAUAGCUCCCAACAUGGGUUCAGGAAGGGAGCUGGCUCAGAGAAAGGUUCUGGCCAGGAGAAGGGCUGGGUAGCUUCAUCAAGGAGCAGACACCUUGCAUCUGUGCCUUGACUGGACAGAGGUCCCGGCUUUCCCCUUUCCCCCAGGGCGAGGAAACAGCGGAGGGAAACGCCCCAUUGGCCAACAGAUCCUGAUGCUGCGUGUGACACAGAAGCUUGAGUCUCUCCAUAGGGUUCGGGGCUGCCUGGGAGCCAAGUUCCUCACAGCAGAGGGAAGGAUGGGUGUGCAAAGGUUGAGUUCCUGUAACUUAAGCUUUAUCAAAAAUAAAAAUCCAGAAUUGUACACUUGCUCUAA